AUGCGCUUCCUCAGGCCCGCGCUCGCCCUACUCUUCAUCUCAGCCUUCCUGGCCUUCACCUUGCAUGAACACCGUGUCGAGGCCAAUGUCUCGCUCUACGGCGUCGGCGAGUACUCGCUCUACAGCGCACUGGUCACCUGGGCAGCAGCUACACCGUACGGAUACCAUCGGGACACGGUGACGGCGGCCUACACAGGAACGGACAACUUCCAGAUCGUAAUCUUCGCCCUCCAGGUGCCCCUCUACGCCUCGGGCCUCAUCCACACCUACAACCUGCCCAACAUCACCCUCGCCUCCCCCUUGAUAUUCGAUGGGGAGACGUUGGGUCGAAUCUGGACCGGCAACAUUACGCACUGGGACGACCCGGCCAUCCUCCGCCUCAACCCGUUCGACGACGGCACCGUCUUACCCCACGAGCCGAUCGUGCUGUGCUACGGGUCGUCCGACAACGAGACCAUCACGCAGACCUUCAAGCGUGGAAUGCGCGCCCUGAGCCCCCUCUUCGCCGAGCAACUCGACCUGGCCGACGACUUCUCCGGUCUGCCGCCGUUCGACCAGGGCCGAGGCUUCUCCGCCACCAACAGCACCACCCGAAUUCGCUUCGUUCAGAAUACUCCGUACAGCCUUACCUACUCAGAUCUGGCGACGGCCACCGCGCUGAGGGUGGGAAUGGCCCGGAUGAUCAACAAGGCCGGCGCGACGGUGCUGCCCAACGUUAACAGCAUUCAAGUGGCGCUGGAGGACUUUCAGGAGGCGCUGCAGGACGGUGGUCUGUUGAUUCCCACCUUCGACGGGGAGGGCCAAGGGUCGUGGCCGCUGAGCUACGUGGCCACUGUCGUGGUGAGCGCCGUAGGCGACUCGGCGGACUGCUCGAUCACGCAGGAGCUGGUGCAGUUCCUCAGCUGGCUGCAGAUCAACCAGCGCGCGGUGGAUCGCGCAGCGGCCCAGGGCUGGGUCCCGCUUUCGGUGGCCUACAAGAAGAAGGUCAUCGACGUCCUAGGCACCAUCAAGUGCGACGACGAGCAGGCCCUCACCACGGCCUACGUCAUCGGCGAGGGCAUAUCGAGACCGGCCCUGGUCGACUUGGCGAGCAACUACAACUCCAACACCUUCACGCAGAAGUACUUCGCCAGCGACGUGCCGACAGUUGUCCGCGACAUUUCCCAAGGAGCGAUCGACUUUGCAGCGGUGACGACCGGCGCUACGCUCGAGCAGGUCCACGUGGAGGGCGUCACCAUCAUUCCUGUACUUGGCUACGCGGCGUUCCCCUGCUACAACAUACCCGAGCUUCGCUUCGUCAUUACGCCACUCAACCUGACGCUCGAGCUGUGGGCCGCCAUCUACAUGAACGAGGUGAACGUGUGGAACGACCCGCGCAUCGUCGCCAUCAACCCCCAGUUCGCAGGCCUCCUGACAAACCGCCCGAUCACCGUCGUCGUGGGCACCGAUCCCUCGCUGCUCACCCGCGCUGUCACCACCGCGCUCUCCAGCGCCAGCGCCAGCUUCAACUCGACCGUAUCUGAUGUUGACACGAAACACGGCCAACAGGUCGGCGUGGUGGACCAGCCCAACUACCCCGUCCAGUCGAUCGCCAACCGGACGAUCAGCAUCGCUGGCGCGGAGUCGACCAUCGCCUCGCGCCUGAACACGGUCACCUACGCGCUGUCGGCCCUCUCCAGUGGGACGAUCGCCACCACCAAGAGCGUGCGCAUGGCGGCGCUGCUCAACUCGGCCGGCAACUACGUCACAGCCUCGAACUACACCGUGCAAUCGGCCAUGCUGGACUUCACCGAUACCUCCGACCAGCACCUCUUCCAGGGCGCGCUCUAUGGAAGCGGAGAACAAAGCUACCCGGUGACGCUCUAUGAUUUGUUCAUGGUGCCCACCCGUGCCACCGAUUGCAUCAAGGCCGCGGCUGUGGUCGACUGGAUCUGGUGGACGCAGUCAUCGUCCCAAGCCCUGCGUACCGCCAACAGGAACGGAAUCGCGCAAGCCGCGACGGUGCCGGGUCUCAGCCAGCGCAUACUGCUCGCGUUGGCGAACGUGACGUGCAACGGCGAGAAGGUGAGCGCGAUCGCCGACUGCGUUUCGGCCGAGGGCACGCUGUGCUCGGACCGCGGCGUGUGCUACGAGAAGCGGUGCGAGUGCGGGGAGGGCUGGACCGGCGACCACUGCCAGACCAACGUCAGCACCCUGAAGACGACGGCAUCGGACGACACGGUCAUGGUGGCCACGCUCGCCUCGAUCAUCCCCGCGGCUGCGCUCGUGGUGCUCCUGAUCGUCGUCGUGGCGAUCGCGCUCGUGGUGAUGGCCAAGCGGCGCCAGACCCGCGACGAGUGGGAGAUCAACACCGACGAGCUCGAGAUGGCCGAGACCCUCGGCACGGGCGGCUACGGCGAGGUAUUCCGGGCCAAGUGGCGCGGCACCGAGGUCGCCGUCAAGAUGAUGGUCGCCCGCGACGGCCGCAUCACCAAAGACAUGCAGCGCAACUUUGCCGAAGAGGUGCGGGUGAUGACGGCGUUGAGGCAUCCCAAUGUGGUGUUGUUCAUGGCGGCCUCGACCAAGCCGCCCAAGCUGUGCAUCGUCAUGGAGUUCAUGGGCCUGGGCAGCCUCUACGAGUUGCUGCACAACGAACUUGUGCCAGAGCUGCCCAACGCGUUGAAGGCGAAGAUGGCGUACCAGGCGGCCAAGGGCAUGCACUUUCUGCACUCGUCGGGCAUUGUGCACCGCGACCUCAAGUCCCUCAACCUCCUUCUCGACUCCAAGUGGAACGUCAAGGUGAGCGACUUUGGAUUGACCAAGUUCCGCGAGGAGAUGAAGGAGAUGGGCCAGUCCGCGGCGCUGCAGGGUUCAAUCCACUGGACCGCGCCCGAGGUGCUCAACGAGAACCCCGACGUUGAUCUCGUGCUCGCCGACGUCUACUCCUUCGGCAUCAUCCUGUGGGAGCUCGUCACUCGCGAGCAGCCAUUCGCCGGCAUGAGCCCGGCAGCUGUGGCGGUGGCGGUGAUUCGCGACAACCUGCGGCCCGCCCUGCCCGACCACCAGGACGAGGACCUGUCGCCCGAGUACCGCGAGCUGCUGGUGAGCUGCUGGCACCCCGACCCGACCAUCCGCCCCACCUUCCUCGAGAUCAUGACCCGCCUCAGCUCCAUGGUGGGCGACUCGAGCAGCAACACCUCCUUCACCUCCAAGUCCUCGUCGUCGUCAUCAGGUCCGUCCAUUGCAAAGGCCGCCGGUGACGGGUCGUGGAAUCUGCCGUCGGGCUCGUCGGCGUCGAACUCGUCGAGCGGCAGCGAGCGGUCGCGCGACCACUCGGCCAAGUGGCUGGCGGCGCACGAGGGCACAGCCGGCGGCGGCGUGCGGGCGCCCGAGGGCGAGGUGACGAUCGUCUUUUCGGACAUCACGCGCGCCGCCUCGCUCUGGGAGUUCAACCCGGCGGCCAUGAAGGACGCCACCAUGAUGCACAACGAGAUCCUGCGCGCGCUGCUCAAGCAGCACGGCGGAUACGAGGUGGUGUUCAUUCGCGACCGCAACAGCGGCGAGGGCUCGUUCUGCCUCGCGUUCCAGCGCACCGAGGACGCGCUGAACUGGUGCAUGGCGAGCCAGCGGGCGCUAGUCGAGCUCGACUGGCCCCCGGGCCUGCUCGAGCACCCGGGCGCGGCCGAGGAGUGGGGCGACACCGACGACCGCGUGCUGUUCCGCGGGCCGCGCGUGCGCAUGGGCGUGCAUGUGGGCAUACCCAAGGUGGUGCGCGAUCCGAUGACCCGCCGUGUGGAGUUUAUCGGGCCGGUGGUCAACACCGCCGCGCGCAUCACGGCCAUCACGCACGGCGGUCAGGUCCUCAUCUCGCACCACGCCGCCCAGCGCAUGCAGAGCUCCGAGCUGGCCCAAGAGAAGAACCGCCUUAUCUGCCUCGGCAAGUUCGAGAUGCUCGAGAGCGACCAAGAAGGUGCGAAGCUCUACGAGUUGAAGACGAGGGGUCUCGAGGCACGGUUCUUCGGCGGCGUGUCGAAGGAGAACGACUUCAACUCGCUGAAGGGACCCAGGCGGCACGACAAACUUGCCCGCGAGCUCAGCGGCGCGUCGGUGGCCUCGUCGUCGUCGUCGGCCGCCGACGGCGGGUCGGGCAGCAGCGGCGCCGCGCAGACGGCCGUGGGCGAGGGCAUGAUGUUCCAGGAGGAUAACUUCCUCACGUCGGCCAACCUGUGCCGCUGGGUGCUCGACUACAACGAGAUCGCGAUGGGCAAGCAGAUCGGCAUGGGAUCGUACGGCAUGGUGUACAAGGGCAAGUGGAAGGGCAUCGAGGUGGCGGUGAAGCGGUUCAUCAAGCAGAAGCUGGACGAGCGGCGCAUGCUCGAGUUCCGCGCGGAGAUGGCCUUCCUGUCGGAGCUGCACCACCCCAACAUCGUGCUCUUCAUCGGCGCCUGCGUCAAGCGGCCCAACUUGUGCAUCGUGACCGAGUUCGUCAAGCAGGGCUCGCUCAAGGAGAUCCUGGCCACCAACGCCAUCAAGCUCCCGUGGCAGCAGAAGCUGCGGCUGCUGCGGUCGGCCGCGCUCGGGAUCAACUACCUGCACUCGCUCCACCCGGUGAUCGUGCACCGCGACCUGAAGCCGUCGAACCUGCUGGUGGACGAGAACUGGAACGUGAAGGUGGCCGACUUCGGGUUCGCGCGCAUCAAGGAGGAGAACGUGACCAUGACCCGCUGCGGCACGCCCUGCUGGACAGCGCCGGAGGUCAUUCGCGGGGAGAAGUACGACGAGCGGGCCGACGUGUUCUCGUUCGGGGUGAUCAUGUGGGAGGUGCUGACGCGCAAGCAGCCCUUCGCCGGGCGCAACUUCAUGAGCGUGUCGCUCGACGUGCUCGAGGGCCGCCGCCCGCAGAUCCCGCCCGACACGCCGCAGGACUUCAAGAAGAUGAUCAAGCGCUGCUGGCACAUGGCGCCGGACAAGCGACCGGCCGUGGAGGAGGUCAUCGCCCUGCUCGACGCCCUCAUCGGCAACACAAGCGAUCUCUCCAUGGCCUGA